AUGCAGUUCACCGUCGCAGCCCUCCUCACUAUCGUUCCUGCCGUACUCGGCCAUGGACUCAUUCAGUCGCCUCCCUCGCGCCCCGUCGGCCCCGCGAUAAUCGCAAACUGCGGCCCCAAGGUCGAGCAGGACAUCCGUCUCGACAACACCUCCCACGUCGAGGGGCUUCCCGAGCUCGCUGCCAAGGACACCGCCUACAAUGCCGAGAAAUGCAACCUCUGGCUCUGCAAAGGCCUCCAGUUCGCCGACAACAUGAACAACACGCAGACCUGGCACGCGGGACAAGUCAUCCCGCUCAAGGUUUGGGUCCGCAUUCCUCACGAGGGAAGCGCAAACGUGAGCAUCGUCGACACGCAGACAAACGAAAUUGUUGGAGAUAUGUUGAAGGUGUGGAGCGAAGGAUAUGCGCCUGGCAAGAAGGAGAGCGACGUGCCAGAAGACCAGAAGGUGUUCAGUGUAACGGUGCCUGAGGGUCUGGAGACGAGGUGCGCGACUGCUGGCGCUUGCGUCUUGCAAUGGUGGUGGUACGGCAAUUCGGCACGUCAAACCUACGAGUCUUGCGUAGACUUCAAGAUCGCGAACAAGACGAUGCCCAGGCGACGAGCGUCGUUCCGUGCAUAG